AUGAGCGGCGGCGGCGGCGGCGGCGGCUCGGACGGGAACGAGGAGUUCUACCAGCAGCUGCGGCUCCAGCAGCUGUACGAGGCCCGCCGCAGCGGCGAGGGCGAGCCCGACCCCUUCACCUACGUGGACCCGGCGGAUGGGACGGCUUACGAGUGGGACCGAGACAAGAAGGCCUGGUUCCCUAAGGUGACUGAAGACUUCCUGGCAACAUAUCAUGCUAACUAUGGCUUCCCUACAGAUAGUUUAGACAGUUCCUCUGCUUCAAAGACUGAAAGUAAGCCAGCUGUGGAUUCUAGGACAGUAGGAGCACAGCAAUCGGCAAAUAAAAAAGCACCCCAACAAACAGAUUCUAAACAAAAAGGAGAAAAAAGAAAACUCGACGCGGGAUGGUUUCAUGUUGAAGAAGACAAAAACACAAAUGUGUAUGUGACGGGUUUGCCUCCAGACAUUACAAAGGAUGAGUUUAUACAGGUUAUGUCAAAGUGUGGUAUCAUUAUGCGAGAUCCUCAGACAGAAGAACAUAAAAUUAAACUUUAUAAAGACAAGCAAGGAAAUCUUAAAGGAGAUGGCCUCUGUUGUUAUCUCAAGCGAGAAUCAGUUGAGCUUGCAUUAAGACUUCUGGAUGAGGAUGAGAUUAGAGGCUACAAAUUGCAUGUUGAAGUAGCAAAGUUUCAACUAAAGGGGGAGUAUGAUGCAAGCAAAAAGAAGAAGAAAUGCAAAGACUACAAGAAGAGGCUGUCUCAACAACAAAAACAAUUGGAUUGGAGGCCUGAGAAGAAAGAUGCCACAGCUCGAAAGCGACAUGAGCGUGUUGUUAUCAUCAGGAACAUGUUCCACCCAAAGGAUUUUGAGGAAGAUCCUUUAGUACUGAAUGAGAUCAGGGAAGACCUACGGACAGAAUGUGAAAAGUUUGGAGAAGUAAAGAAGGUUCUCUUAUUUGAUCGACACCCAGAUGGUGUGGCCUCUGUUUCAUUUAAAGAGCCAGAGGAAGCUGAUCUGUGCAUACAAGCUCUCAAUGGAAGGUGGUUUGGUGGUCGUCAGCUAAGUGCUGAAACAUGGGAUGGUACAACAGAUUAUCAGGUGGAGGAGACCUCAAGAGAAAGAGAGGAAAGGCUUAAGCUGUGGGGGUCAUUUUUAGGAGAGUCUGAUGCAGAAAAGCAGAAAAUUGCAGCUGCUUCAAAUUCUGCAGCUAGUAGUGUGAAACUGCCUGAAGAUCAGCCUUCAAAAGAUAAUGGCGCAUCUAAAGGUGAUGUGAAUGAUGAAGCUCAUAAGAGAGAGAAUAAUGGUGAAGGCAUUAAUGAAGAUGGCACUCCAUCAACAGACAGCAGUCUUGCAGGCAGUGAUGAUGAAACCGAUACAUAACAUCUCUAAUAUUUUAUGAAAGCAUGCUUUUUAGGGUGAUGUUUGGAUUUCUCUUAUCCUGUGCUUCAGGGUGACUACAGACAGUGUUCAUGUGUUUAUAUGCAUAUUAGAUGUCAUCAGCUUGUGCUUUGAAAUUUUCAUUAAAAGCAGUAGUUAAUGAAGAUCUAAAAAAGUUCAUAUUAAUUGGCUGCUGUUCAAGAACACAGCAGAACUGACCAGGCUUCUUAUGUCAUAUAUUUGCUUGUCAGUGUUUAAAUUAUAUAAAUGUGAAGUGUAUGUGAACUCCAGAGUUUGAACAAUUACACAGAAUCUAAAACAUUUUAAUAAUAUACAAAGAUAUUAAAAUCAAUAUUAAUGUUUGCUUUAGUUCC